AUGGCUCCAGGCGCGUUGCAACAGAGACAAAUGAUUUCCUCGCCGAGUCGAACUACACCGCAGUUUAGUUUUACAUUCAAUACAAACGAUAAUCGAGCGAGUCUGCCCUCCGGAGAUGCUGUCGGCGACAUAACUUAUCAACUUACACAGACCGAUUCAUCUACCGGCAGCGGUGGUUCAUCACCCCGCGUGAUAAAAACUCACGCGGAGAUCAGGAACGACAACUAUCUGUUAAACACCAAUUUUGGUGAUCUAGACCAAAUGCGAGAGAUCGCCAGCACUCAAGACGUGGUAAACGCCAUUAAAAAGUAUUCACUGUACCUGGAGAACGCUGUCAAGGGACUCAUUGCUGGCAAGUUCACCGAUACCCAAGGACCGACUAUGCUCAACAAACUGUACAACUUGAUGUGCCUGCCGAAGACGAUUCACGAGCUAAAUAAUGUGCUGCGCAACAAGUUCCGGGACUGUGGUGGAACGGAUUUGUUGAUAAAAAACUGCGUGUCCAAAGACCCGACACUCCAAUACACCAGUGCCAGGCUAUUGGUGGAAUGCCUCGACCCAGGAAAUCUGGACUACGUGGUCCAACACGGCCUGGUUAAAGUCAUGCACGUUGUGCACGCGUAUAGGAGUCAAGAGAAGAGCACUGUCGACCAAUCGAUAGUCAGCACUGGUUUACUUGCAAAGUUAUUCGAACACAGUGAAGGUACGUGUAAGCGUGUCAUCCAACUGAACGGUUUAGAUGUACUACUGGCUGAAUGCCAGAGUCGUGAUACCGUGACCCUGCGAAAUUGUGCCCGUGCACUUGCAAAUUUAUCGCUGUACGGCGGCCCCGAGGUUCACAAUCUGAUGGUCCAUCGUCACGCACACACUUGGCUCUUUACGUUGGCGUUCAACACGGACGACAGCGUCAAAUAUUACGCUCUGCUGGCCACGGCCGUACUGGCGGCCGACAAAACUAUCGAGGUGGCCAUGGUCAAGUGCGACGCCCUUGACCUGAUCAACCCCUUCGUCGCCACGCACAUUCCUGCCGAUCUGGUUAAAACCAACGCCCUUGGCCAAGGUCGGAGUUGGCUUCAGCGGCUCGUCCCCGUUUUGAGCUGCGACCGUCGCGUGGCACACACUUUGGCCGCCUUCCAUUUUUGCGCGGAAGCCGAGCCCUCGAGUCAGCUUCGCCACGGCAAGAUCUCCGGAACCUUCAGGUCGAUUAGCGCCGUCGAACCGCUGAAGAAAUUGGCCGGUUCCCUCAACGACGUGACUUCCGGGUUAGCGGCACAAGCGUUGCGGAGUAUCGGUGAACAAGUGCCGCGACCGCUCAGCCAGAAAGUUCCGCUGUGGACGGUCGAAGACGUCCUCCAGUGGACCAAGAGUACUGGUUUCGGAGAAUGGGCCGAAAGCUUGGUGGAUAACCAGAUGGACGGCAAUAAGCUGUUGACGUUGACCGAGGAAUGCCUGAAAAAAUUCGUCGGGAUGCAUAACGGAAUUAUGCGUAAAAGAUUUAUGAGGGAAUUACACAAGUUAAAACAGUUGGCCGACUAUAGCUGUAUGGAUCCGACCAAUUUGAACUCAUUUUUACAAUCAAUUGGGCCAGAGUUCUCUAUUUAUACGUACUCUAUGUUGAAUGCUGGGAUCAACUGUGAAAAGAUCGGGUUUAUAACGGAUGAUCAGCUGGCAUACAAGUGUGGAAUCACUAACGGUAUUCAUCGCAUCGUGAUACUAAACGCCAUCAAAGAUAAAUGUUAUCAUUUUAACAGUGAAACCAAUAUCCAAUUAUUGUUUUAUUGA